AUGUGUACCCAAGAGGGGUCCCAAGCUAGGACACCUCCCGCAGAUCACCCGAGCGGAAGUGGCGGCGUGUCCGUCGGUCCGUCCUUCCGGCCCGCCGUCCGCCAACUUCCGGCGGCGGGUGGGCGCGCGCCAGGUAACGACCUUCUGCGCCGAGGCUCGGCCGUCGGCGGCGUGUGGAUGGAGGCCUUGGCCCCGGGCCCGGCUCCGCGGGGCCGGCGGCGGGCCAGGGCCUCGGGCUCCGUGCUCUCGGCGCUGUCGCUGGCCGCCGUCGUGCUCUCCGCCUUGCUGCGGGCGCCCCCUGCAGUUGGACAUUUGGCUCGAGUGCCAAGAGGUUUUCGCUUGACUCAAGAUUCGCUGAAAAUAGUGGGAUCAACGCAUUUUCCUGUGAGCGUAUAUGUCAUGCUUCAUCAAAAGAGUCCACAUGUGCUAUGUGUAACCCAGCGACUGAGAAAUGCUGAGCUGGUAGACCCAUCGUUCCAAUGGCAUGGGCCGAAGGGAAAACUUGUUUCAGAAAAUACCACCGCACAAGUGACAUCCACAGGAAGCCUCAUAUUUCAGAGUUUUGAAGAGACCAUGAGUGGGGUUUAUACAUGUUUUCUCGAGUAUAAACCAACUGUGGAGGAACCUAUUAAAAAUCUUCAGCUGAAAUACAUUGUUUAUGCUUAUCGUGAACCUCGUUUUUAUUACCAAUUCACAGCCCGAUACCAUGCAGCUCCCUGCAAUAGUAUCUAUAACAUUUCUUUUGAGAAGAAACUUCUUCAGAUUUUAAGUAAACUGGUUCUUGACCUUUCCUGUGAAAUUUCCUUGAUUAAGUCUGAAUGCCAUCGUGUUAAAAUGCAAAGAGCUGGUUUGCAAAAUGAAUUAUUCUUCACAUUUUCAGUUGCAUCUAUAGACACUGAAAAAGGAUCCAAGCCAUGUACAGACCAUAGUUGUGAAGCUUCCAAAAGAUUAUCUAAGGCUAAAAAUCUCAUAGAGAGGUUCUUCAUUCAGCAAGUGGAAGUCCUGGGCAAGCGUGCGGAGCCGCUGCCUGAGAUAUAUUACAUUGAGGGGACCCUUCAGAUGGUGUGGGUGAACCGCUGCUUUCCAGGGUAUGGCAUAAACAUCCUGAAGCAUCCCAAGUGUCCUGAGUGCUGUGUGGUCUGCAGCCCUGGAUCCUUCAAUCCCCGGGAUGGAAUUCACUGCCUCCAAUGCAACAACAGCGUGGUGUAUGGGGCGAAGACAUGCAUGUAGGCCAGGGCCUUGUGGGACCCAGUCGCUCAUUCAGCAGAAAAGUAUAUUUUUGAAGUACUAAAGUAUAAUAACUCACUAUUAUGCCGAAAUUAAAUAAUCAGAAUUUACAAAGA